GGCGGCGGGGGCGCGCCCUCGGCCGCUGGGGGCUGGGAAAGCUCGGCGGGCGGGAGAGGCCGGGGCCGGCACCCCGGACACCUGAAAGGCAAAGACAUCGGCCUGUGGUACGCGAAGCGGCAGGGCCAGAAAAGCAAGGAGCAGGAGCGGAGUGAGAGGGCAGUUGUGCAGAUGGAUGAAGCAAGAGAGGAACACAUCACCCGACUACUGAAUUCUGUCCAGACACGGAGUGACUACAAAGACCAACGUGCCUCAGUGUCAGCUGACUCCAGCAAAAACUGGAGAAGUGCAUAUCCCUCCACUUCAACCAACAAGGAAACUAAACCAGAGGCCAGUGCUGACCUAGAGUACCUCUUUGAAACCAUUACUCAGGAUGUGUUUUUGGAUGAGGAGCUGAGGGAAGACCUUCUGAAGAAGAAAACGAGUUUGAGAUAUCUGGAGAUGAAGAGAUUCCGGGAAAAACUCCCCUCCUACAGCAUGAAGAAUGAGGUUAUCGACUUGAUAAAUAACAAUCAGGUGCUUGUCAUAAGCGGAGAAACCGGAUGUGGGAAAACCACGCAAGUGACCCAGUUCGUUCUGGAUGACUACAUUGAGAAUGGAAAGGGUUCUUUGUGCAGGGUUGUAUGUACCCAGCCCCGUCGGAUCAGCGCAAUUUCUAUAGCUGAGAGGGUAGCAGCAGAAAGAGCAGAAGCCUGUGGAGAUGGAAACAGUACUGGCUACCAGAUCAGGUUACAGAGUCGCUUGCCACGGAAGCAAGGCUCCAUUUUGUACUGCACUACAGGAAUCAUUCUCCAGUGGCUUCAGUCAGACGCCCUUCUGUCCACCGUCAGCCACCUUGUUUUGGAUGAAGUUCACGAGAGGAGUUUGCAAUCUGAUGUCCUGAUGACGAUUGUGAAGGACGUUCUGCCCUUCAGGUCGGACCUAAAAGUGAUAUUGAUGAGCGCAACUCUAAACGCCGACAAGUUUUCGGAAUAUUUUGGCAGCUGCCCCAUGUUGCAUAUUCCAGGAUUUACAUAUCCAGUGAAAGAAUACAUUUUGGAAGAUGUAAUUGAGUUGCUCCAAUAUCACCCACAAAACCAAGAAGUUCGGAGACCAUCUUCAAAGAGAAGGUUCAUGCAAGGUUGCAUGUUUCGACCCGAGAAAGAGCAAGUGGAGGAAGAAUACCAACUGCAGUGGCCAGAAUAUAUGAGAGAGUUGCAAGGAAGGUAUUCCGACAGUACGAUUGAAGCCUUGGAAAUUCUGCACGAUGAUGAUAAAAUAGACCUUAAUUUGAUUGUAGCUCUCAUAAGGCAUAUUGUUUUCCAUGGGGAGGAUGGUGCCAUUUUAGUUUUCCUUCCUGGCUGGGACAAUAUUAGCACCUUGAAUGACCUUCUAACUGCACAAACCAUGUUCAAAUCAGAUCGUUUUGUGAUUAUUCCUCUUCACUCUCUCAUGCCUUCGGUGAAUCAGACAGAGGUUUUUAAGAAGCCACCUCCGGGAGUUCGCAAAAUUGUAAUUGCUACCAACAUUGCGGAGACAAGCAUCACCAUAGAUGAUGUGGUUCAUGUGAUAGAUGGCGGAAAGAUAAAAGAGACUCACUUCGACACUCAAAACAAUAUCAGCACAAUGGCAGCAGAGUGGGUCAGUAAAGCUAAUGCCAAGCAACGGAAAGGUCGAGCUGGCAGGGUGCAGCCCGGUUCCUGUUACCACCUGUAUAAUGGAUUGCGAGAGAGCCUUCUUGAUGACUAUCAGCUUCCAGAAAUCAUGAGGACUCCACUUGAAGAGCUUUGCUUACAGAUCAAGAUUUUAAAUCUUGGUCGAAUUGCCCAUUUCCUGGAGAAGGCAAUGCAGCCUCCAUCAAAGGAAGCUGUCAACCUGGCUGUGACCCAUCUUAAAGAGCUGAAUGCCUUGGACAGGAAUGAAGAGCUUACUCCGCUCGGCGUCCAUUUAGCCCGUCUGCCAGUGGAGCCCCACAUCGGGAAAAUGAUUCUGUUUGGAGCAUUGUUGUGCUGUUUGGACCCAGUUCUCACCAUCGCAGCCAGUCUCAGUUUCAAGGAUCCGUUUGUGAUCCCAUUGGGUAAAGAGAAACUGGCAGAUGCAAAACGCCGAGAAUUGUCCAAGCAGUCUCGGAGUGACCACCUGACUGUGGUCAAUGCAUUUAAGGGCUGGGAAGAGGCAAAAAGAAGAGGUUUCAGGUCAGAGAAAGACUACUGCUGGGAAUACUUUCUUUCUCCAAACAAUCUGCAGAUGCUUCAUAACAUGAAAGGACAGUUUGCUGAGCACCUGCUGGUGGCUGGCUUUGUCAGCAGCAAGAAUCCCAAAGAUCCCAAGGCAAAUAUAAAUUCAGACAACGAGAAGUUAAUUAAAGCUGUGGUUUGUGCUGGCUUGUAUCCAAAAGUGGCAAAAAUACGACCAAGUUUCAGCAAGAAGAGAAAAAUGGCUAAAGUCUUCACCAAGUCAGAUGGAAGAGUCAACAUUCACCCAAAAUCUGUCAAUGCCGAAGAGGGUGAAUUUGAGCACAACUGGUUAAUCUACCAUUUGAAGAUGAGAACAAGCAGCAUCUACCUGUAUGAUUGCACUGAGGUCUCCCCUUACUCCUUGCUGUUCUUUGGAGGAGAUAUCUCGAUACAGAAGGAGCAAGGCCAGGAGACCAUCUCUGUGGAUGAGUGGAUUGUGUUCCAGUCGCCAUCCAGAAUAGCCCAUUUAGUAAAGGACCUGAAGAGGGAACUAGAUGCCCUUCUGCAAGACAAGAUUAAGAAGCCCCGACCUGUGGAUUGGAAUAAUCGAUCGAAAGACUGUGCUGUCCUUUCAGCAAUCAUAGACUUGAUAACCACACAAGACAACGCCAACGCAAAGAACUACACACCCCGAUUCCAGAGCUACUGAAACCACAAUGCCUGUCACCAGUUUUCUAGAGGGGUUCAGGCUGAACCUAAAACACUUUAUUGUAGCUCACAAAUACAGAGUUGUUUUGUGUCAUUGACAUUUUUUGACUAACUGAACAGAGGUUUUGGAAAAUAUGCCCGAGGGUCUCAGUGGUAAGAUUGCAUUGGCCUGUGCAUGUAGAAUAAAAUGCCCGGUGUGUUUAAAAAGUGUAACUACGUUCUGCCUUAGAUUGUAGACCCUACAGAGAAAGAGGGAUGCAGGUGUGACACCUUGAUGAUCUAAGGCAGCUCUCCUGGAUAGCUUUGUUUUUCAUUUGUCACCUCCCAGAAUAAAAAGCUGUGCUUUCCAAUUCUAGGUUAAAGUGGAAAAAACCCCCCAUCCCAGAAAAGUUCAGAGGUUAGACUUUUCUUUUAAGAUUGAAAUGAAGGUUAAGUAAGUUAGAGUAAGGACAGGAAAUACACACAAAUCUAACAGUGUCAAGAGUAAUCUUUAGGAGCAGACCCCUUAUCAGAUCCCUGGGUUGACCUGAAAUUAUACCCAAGACAUUAACCCUUCCUUUCUCCUUACAGAUGUUGAUGCAUCUGCUGUCUGCUUCCAGCACCUGCAUUCCUUUUCAUUCUCUUUUCUGUUUACAGUAUGUUAAUUUUGUGAUGGGAGGUACUUCUUCUGAAAUGUAACCUUUUUUGCAUAACUCCCAAGUGAUGGAGGGGAAAGCUUCAUGCCGUUUGUUAAUUUAACAUCGGUCCAGGGUGAAGCAGCAGGUGCUCUACAUGGUUUUACUUUUAAUUUAACUGUUGUUAAAAACAAAAUGACAAACAGCAUGAGGCAAUUUAGAAAAAAAUUGACUCAUGGACACUGUCAUCUGUUACAUCCAAAAAUCCAAGGGAAAAAUCAGAGGGGCGAUCGUCCAUUUGACGGACUAUUGUCCUUAAUCACAUAUCACCCAGCAUCUCCUCUCUUAUGGGUUGUCACUAACUGAAACUGUGGGGGUAAUUUUAACAUAACUGCCUGAUGGGAAUCCCAAGGGAUCCACUGCAACAUCGAUUUUACACCCCCCCACCCCCUCUAACCCAUCCCCAAAUUUCUCGUUCAGUUCAGUUGAGAGCGAUACUGACCAGGGGUGUAAAACCAGCAUUGUCAUGAUGACCGAGUUAGGUUAAAAUUAUCCCUGUGUGGUUCAACUGCCUGAUAUCAGUGGGAUCCAUUUCAGGCUCUGGGCCUGAAGAUAGGACCAGGAUGAGACCAUUUAGCCCCUCAAGGCUGUUCUGCCAUUCAGUGAGCUCAUGGCUGAUCUGCAAUGACUCCAUAUACUCACCUUUGUCCCAUAUCUUUUAAUAGGGUUUGUUAACAAAAAUCUCUCAAUCUCAGAUUUAAAAUUAACAAAUGACAUGGCAUCAACUUCCAAAUUUCUUCUAUGCUUUGUGUGUAGAAGUGUUUCCUAAAUUUACUCCUGAAAGACCUGGUCUGAUUCUUUAGACUAUGUUCCCUAAUCCUGUACUCUCCAACCAUUGGAAAUAAUUUCUUUCCCUCGACUCCUAUCAGUUCUCCUUAAUAUCCUGAAAACUUUGAAAUCACCCCUACCCUUCUAAAUUUCAAGAAAUACAAUCCUAGUUUGUGCAAUCUCUUCUCACAAUUUAACCCCUGUAGUUUUAAAGACUUAAUUUUUUUUUUAUUCUGGUUGGAUUUAGCCUCCAUUUCCGUGUGAUGUGGGCAUCACUGGCUAGGUCAGAAUUUAUUGCCUAUCCCUAACUGCCCUUGAGAAGGUGGUGGUGAGUGCUGUCUUGAACCGCUGCAGUCCAGAGGGGCCUUAUCUUGCCAUUGGCCCGAGCACACCGAGCAAUUCAGAACAUUGCAGAAGUCACAGCUCCGGUGUCCUCUAUCCAAUGUGCCAUAAUGUGUGGGCGGCGGGGGGGGGUUGGCUACAUGAUACAAUGGUUGGAUUGAUCAUGGCACCCUUGCUGUCAGUGCUGCUUUGAAUCCACCAGUGCAUAUUGUGGAUUGCGAGCAAAUACCAUGUAAGACUCUUCCGCAAGCAUUUCCUAAACUCCAAUCCAAGUCUUGAGCACAUAAUCUAGGCUGGCUGUACAGUAGUUUGUGGGGUGCGUCUUUGUCAGAGAUUAGGUGUUAAUCUGCCCAAGAUUCAGUCAGACAUUAAAGACCCCUUUAUUCAAAGAAUACUGAAGUUUUCCCCGUGCCCCUGGUCAAUAUUCUUCUCUAAACCAACAUUGCCAGAGAGUGAUUUAUCUGGUCGUUCACCUCAAUGCCACUUUCGUGAUCUUGCUGUUCACAAAAUGGCUGACGAACAUACCCACUUCAUAAUAACUUACUAAUGUAGUAUGUUUAGCAAUUCAAUCAGUUCAGCAUGUUUCUGAGCGAGAUUGAGGUGUUACAAAAAAACAAGCCCUAGCAUUUGGUUGACAUUUAAGCACUUCCCCUAUGUUAAUGCAUUGAGUACGUUUGCCUGGCUGUUGCGCAGAAAUUUACAUUGAACUUGUGUCUCAGCUGAUUAGCGCUUAACUGGGGAUUGGUCCCAAUCCCCUUUGCCAUCAUUUUUAAUGUAUUGACAAUGUAUCACUGCUUCUACUCAUCUCUCUGACAGGCAAUCUAUAUAUACAGAGUCAGAGGGGUAAAAGCUGUUGACAUAAAACUGUUUCAUCAGGCAACAGAGAGAUCAUUAAUGGCUCAGCCUCACUCCCCAAUUCUUUAUGAAAUGCUGAUCAAUCAUAGUUAUCUCAAACGCCCAUGGGAUGACUUGACCAUAUGUUCCAAAAAAGGACACGGCUCAAGCUUUGGAAACUUCUCCCUCCCUCGCUCAGUGUUUUGGUGAUUGUAAUGACUUAACUUUCAAAGGAGCAAGAUUUGGUCUAAUGAUCCUAGAGGUUUCCAUUAGAAUUCCAAUUUCUGGGCAUUUAGUAUGUAUCAGUAACUUUGUGCUCGAUUCACUAGUUCAGCUCACAUAUCAACGAGCUGUACCCAAUAGUAAACCAAUGGUAUAAACCAUGGCAAAAUUAACGAAUUGCCCAAACCCUUUUUUUUUGUUGGAGAACUCCUGAAUUUUGGGCAAAAUAAAGGACAAAAGGGCAAACCUUUUGUUAUUAGUGUAGUCUUAAGGCUCAGAGGGAAAGAGAGAGCAAAAUUAAGCAAUGUCGAGGAAGACUAUUAGAGAUUAUACAUUAAAGGCAAAAUCUAUUCGUGUACCUGUGCUCAUGAGAUGUUCAGACCAUUGACAUUGCAGUCUGCUGCACAGUGUUGUGUUUGGGUGCUGUCAGAAUGCCCAGUGCCCUCUGUCAUGCUGUAGUCGUAAUCAUUCCUGGUAAGUGAAUAAAACACACAAUGCUUUUUCUUUCCAAUGUCCUGGCUUGAAUUUUCUAGUUUCUGUUUUGUAGACUGUAUUUAUUUCUGUGAUGGUUAUUAAGAUGCCGAUGGCUGUUCUUUUUACAUAGUCCAAGAAUUUGUAUUUUUUUUCCCCUCCAUUAAAAUCCUUACUGUACCUAAA